CAUUGCCUGGGGUUCGGAGCCUUCUCGGAAACACUUCAAAAUCGCUUUGCUGGGGCAAGUGUUUCUUGGGCACUUGGUUAUAUGUGGAAGUCAACAGUGACCUAAUGGAAGCUGGUACUCCAGAAUGUGUCAGUUUCCAGCAGCCAUCCAAAAAGAAUCUGAAACGUCGGAUAGUUGUACCAUGUCUGCAGCGUUUCAAAGAUGAGUAUGAAAAAGUAUCAAAACAUUACAUGUCAAACAGAAUACGGACUACAAAGUACAGACUAUGGACUUUCAUUCCAAGAAAUUUAUAUGAACAAUUUCACAGAGCUGCCAAUCUAUACUUCCUAUUUAUAGUUGUGUUAAAUUGGAUCCCAGUCGUGGAAGCCUUUCGAAAAGAAAUCACAAUGAUCCCUCUCCUUGUGGUCCUCACAAUUAUUGCAGUGAAAGAUGGCCUGGAGGAUUACACAAAAUACAAACUGGAUAAAAUGAUAAACAACUUUGUCACCCAUGUCUACAAUGGAGCGGAUGGUGAAUUUGUGGACAAGUUCUGGAAGGAUGUUAAGGUUGGUGAUUUUAUCCAGCUGUCGUGUAAUGAGGAAAUUCCUGCCGACAUGGUACUGUUGUAUUCUAGUGAUGGAGAUGGGCUUUGUCACAUCGAAACCUCAAGCCUUGAUGGAGAGACUAAUCUAAAAGAGAAGCUGAUCGUGAAAGGAUUUGUACAACAGACCAUUGAAAUGGAUCCAGAAUCAUUUUCGUACAAAAUUGAAUGUGAAGUACCCAAUAGUGACCUCAGCUGUUUCCGAGGCUUUAUACAGCAUACCAGUACGGAACGAGUGGGGCUGAGUAAGGAUAACUUGCUGAUGCGAGGAUGCACUGUCAGAAAUACAGACAUUGUAGUGGGAAUUGUGGUGUAUGCAGGUCAUGAAACCAAAGCCAUGUUAAACAACACAGGAGGUCGUUAUAAACGAAGUAAAUUAGAAAAGAAGCUGAACGGAGAUAUCAUCGGGUGUGUUGUGCUUCUGAUUGUGAUGUGCUCUGUAAUAGCUGUGGGUCGUGGAAUUUGGUUGAGCGGACAUCUUGAACCAUCUAUCUAUAGUAGUGGAAGACAGUUUGAGCCAGCCUGGGGAGGCUUUUUAAUGUUUUGGACUAUGAUCAUUUUACUUCAGGUCUUGAUCCCAAUUUCUCUCUAUGUUUCCAUCGAAUUGGUCAAAUUGGGCCAAAUUUAUUUUAUCCAAAAUGACAUUGAUCUGUACCAUGAGCCCACUGACACCAAGAUUCAGUGUGGAUCUCUGAAUGUUGCUGAGAACCUUGGACAGAUUGAAUACAUUUUCUCUGACAAAACUGGCACCCUCACUGAGAACAAAAUGGUUUUUCGAAGAUGCAGCAUUGCAGGGCAAGAGUAUGGCCAUGAAGAAAAUGCCAAGAGACUAGAGACCUAUCAACCAGACUAUGAAUCAGACCCGGAUCAGACCCCGGAAGCAUUCUUUGCUUCACGUUGUUCUUUGAAGCGCCCAUCUAGAGGAAGAAUUGGCCGACAACCAAGCGUAGGCCUGAGUAUGAAGUCUAUGAGCCGUAUGUUUCGCAGUGCCAGUACUAUUGGUUCACCAAGUAUGAAGCAACUAGCCUUCAGCAGCCCACUUGAAACGGAUGUUACCCCAGACCAGCGACUUGUAAGGAAAUUCUGUCGGAUCUCAUUCAACCUCUAUAAGAGGUCUGAAACAGUUGACCCAACUUCAGAGAUAAUGCAGAUUUCUGAGUUUUUCAUUGCUCUAGCAAUUUGCAAUACAGUUGUUGUUUCAGAAUCUGAUACAACAGGUACUCAACCCCCUCUAAAGAGGCGGUGGUCUUCGGUCGGCAAAACAUCUCCAUUACCCAUUAGGCAGAUGUUAAGCAAGUUUUCACCCCGAAAAAUUAGCCCCAUGUCUGUUCAGACUCAAAACAUACAUGACUCACGGCAUGAAAGACCCAAGAAAUCACCAAAUCUGACUGUUUUCCAUGUACAGUUUCCAGCAUCUGUAAUUGGCCAAUUCUCAGAGUCUUCAGAUAGCGCAGAAAGCCAUGCAAUAUCUGAGCACGAAGAAAUGGAGUUUUCAUGUUUACCAGGGACUAGUAAGGAGGACCUUCCUGAACAGGAACAAUUGGAGUCUUUAGAUGCACCGGAAAGCAUACAAGAGGGAUUUUCUGAGUUUAAACAAAUGGAGUUUUUACGUGCACCAGGGACUGAUAUAGAUGGGUUGCCAUUUGACUAUGAUCCAGCAGAGCUCUCCUAUGAAGCAGAGAGUCCUGAUGAAGCAGCACUAGUGCAUGCUGCUAGGGCUUACCAGUGCACUCUGGUGGCUAGAAAUCCUGAGCAAGUGGUGAUAGACAUGAAUUAUAUGGGAAUGUUAACAUUUCAACGGUUGCACAUUUUGCCUUUCGACUCGACCCGCAAGCGAAUGUCUGUAGUGGUUAAGCACCCAAUUUUAAAACGAAUUGUGGUGUAUACAAAGGGUGCAGACUCUGUGAUGAUGGAUUUGCUGCAGACAGAACCAACAGGUAAUGAAGAGACAGAUAGACUCAGGAAGAGAAUUCAGGAAAGAACCCAGAGGCAUUUAGAUGAUUAUGCAUCACAGGGACUCCGCACUCUUUGUAUAGCAAUGAAGGUCUUGAAUGAUGAGGAAUAUGAAGAAUGGUCACAAGGACAUUUUAUAGCUGAAAGCAGUAUAGAAAACAGGGAAGAAAUGCUCCUUGAGUCAGCAGAAAGACUUGAGAACAACUUGAUUUUGCUUGGUGCCACUGGGAUUGAAGAUCGCUUGCAAGAAGGUGUCCCAGAAACUAUAGAGUCCCUUCGAAAAGCAGGGAUUAAUAUUUGGAUGCUGACUGGUGACAAACGGGAGACUGCUGUCAAUAUAGCAUAUUCCUGUAAAUUACUGGAUUCUACUGAUCAGCUCUUCAUUCUCAAGAGUAACAGUUUGGAUGAGUGCACAAACAUGAUAGAGAGUUUUUUAGAAGACAUCAGGUCAAAUGCUUGUUCGAAAGAGAGGCGUAGCACAAUUGCUCUCAGAGUCUCAGCGAGUACACACGUUAAGAUUCCUCAGUACAGUUAUGCACUGGUUAUAGAUGGACCAACGCUAAAAUUUGCCUUGCAUGAACGUGUGCAAAAGAAGUUCUUAGAGCUCACUUCAUGUGUUCGGGGAGUGAUCUGCUGCAGAGCAACCCCUGUGCAGAAGAGCCAGUUAGUGUCAAUGGUGCGGAAGGAGCUGAGGGUGAUGACACUAGCUAUUGGUGAUGGUGCCAAUGAUGUCAGUAUGAUUAAAAUUGCUGAUGUUGGAAUUGGAAUCUGUGGCCAAGAAGGCAUGCAGGCUGUGUUGGCGAGUGAUUUUGCGCUUGCUCAGUUCAAGCAUCUGAAAAAGCUGCUGUUUGUUCAUGGUCACUGGUGUUAUACCCGGCUGGCCAACAUGAUCCUAUACUUUUUCUACAAGAACUUGGCCUACGUUGGCCUCCUGUUCUGGUUCCAGUUCUUCUCUGGAUUUUCAGGAACCCCCAUGAUUGAUUACUGGAGUUUGAUUUUCUUCAACCUUCUCUUCACAUCAGCACCCCCUAUCAUUUAUGGUGUGUUAGACCAAGAUGUCUCUGCAGAAAGUCUCAUGAACUGUCCAGAACUUUACAAGGCUAGUCAGAGAAAUGAGCCAUAUGGGAAGUCAGCUUUUGCUGUGAACAUAAUGGAUGGAUUUUACCAAAGUCUAGUCUGCUUUUUUAUCCCUUACUAUACAUUCUAUAAGUCUGAUAUAGACCUCUACUCCUUUGGAAGCAUUCUUAACACUACCAUGUUCUUUAUAAUAAUACUGCACCUUGUGAUUGAGAGUAAAUAUUUGACCAUGAUACACUUCUCUGUUUUUGCAUUUAGCAUCCUUUUGUUCUUUUCCAUAACUGGAACUUUUGGAGCACUCUGUGUUCUUUGCAACCCACCUGCCAAUCCCUACUGGGUUAUGCAAAGGCACUUGGCUAAUCCAGUAGUUUAUCUGGUCUGCAUCGUCACAACCAUGUUGGCUCUACUUCCAAGGUUUCUGUACAGAAUAAUGGAAAGCACAGUGUUUCCAAGUCCACUGCUGCAAGCCAGACUCCGUGAAAGUCAAGGUCCGACAACAAAGAUGUGCUGUAUGAAAGUGCUCCCAGUGAGCGACGAUGACUAA